CUCAGACUUAAUCCACCUUUUGCUGAGAAGGACUCCUCCUUUUUUUUUUAUCUCAGCACCAUGGCCAGCGCUCUAAUCUUCCUCCUCCUAACAGCCACCAGCUGCGCCUACCUGCGACUUGCCCGAGCUGAGGAGUCUUCGCUGGAGACACGCUCCUUAGACUUCACUUUGAAAACCCAGCAGGAGAAAGACCUGAUCAAUGCUUUGCAAGAAGUUCUAGAAAAACUCAGAAACAAAGAAAUGCCCUUAGAGAAGAAGCUUGGCUGGUUACCCUCGUGUGAUGCAGGAGAGCCGUGUGCUUUGCGUAAAGGUGCUCGCAUUGGCACCCUGUGCAGCUGUCCACGGGGGACUUCCUGUAACUUCUAUGUCCUCAAAUGCUUGUAAAGAAGAAAUAGAAGGUUACAAAGGAGGUCGGGUCAAUUCGCCCUUUUGCCAAUUUUCUACCUAAAGGUUGCCAUUUUGUUUGUUCCUACCAUUACUUAAUGUCUUUCUUUCUUUCUUUCUUUCUUUCUUUCUUUCUUUCUUUCUUUCUUUCUUUCUUUCUUUCUUUCUUUCUUUCUUUCUUUCUUUCUUUCUUUCUUUCUUUCUUUCUUUCUUUCUUUCUUUCUUUCUUUCUUUCUUUCUUUCUUUCUUUCUUUCUAUAUAGACCCAAAUUGUUCAUAAUCUGCACGUAAUUAAAUUAUUUAACUUGCACCCUAUUUCUAUUUAUUUCAGGCCAGUUUUAAAGUUUUUAGAAUUUGUUUCCUUCAAAUUGUGAAGAUUAUCUCCAACAGUAUUAAUUGUAUAAUAUAAUAUAUGAAAAUUAAUUUCAGUAUAAUUGAACAUUUAUAAACAUAACAUUUUAAUCAAUUAAUUCCUUGGAAAUGUUUACUUGGAAAGUUUUAGAAUCCAGAUUGUGUGUAAAAAUUGAUUAAAAAAAAAGUGCUCUUAAAGGCCCCACGCUUGCCCUGGGCCCUAUGGUUUGUGCCUCACGCUGGCUCUUCAGAUUAUAUGACCUAGUUAAACAAAAUUGAGCAAUACCUUGCUGGCGCAUUUACCUUGCUGGCGUCUUGAAACAUUUUUUAAAUGAGAGACUAUGAGUCAAUAAUUACUCAUCAGAGAAGGUUCAGCAUAUGCUCUGGUAAUAAGGUAAACAUUGAAUGAAAAUUUAGGUUAGUUAUGUAAUGGCAAAAGGGCAGAAUGAUUGGCAUCCAUGACGUGUGCUGCAGAGAAAAUAAAAUGAUGAAUGUAAGAUAUGAGUGUGCAUCCGGGCGCUGGUUCUGUAGAUGUGCCCACACUGAUUUUCAUGUGGGAAAAGAACUAUGUAAGAACUUUCUGAUGACAUUUUCUUCUAAUUUAGUCAAUCAUUGUGGAACACAUAGCUUGCAAUCUGUUUUCAAGCAUAUUUGUAAAAUUCAAUGGUAAUAAAUUAACU